AUAAUAGUACUUACAAUUUGUGUUUACAGGCAGAUUAUUUAUUUUUCAGGAUCUCCGAAUUCAGUCGUUGACUAAAUUUACAAAUGAUUUGAAAAUUGACAAAUCAUCAUCGAGCGGCGCAUUAAAAGCUGUCUCGAAGACAGCCUCGACUAGUAACGUCAUGGCGAAGAAACAUUCGGAAUCUUCCAACGCAGAUCUGAUAACCAUCCCACUUUCCAAAACGACGUCCGAUACUCGAGUUCGCGUAAAUACAAAAAAUGAGAAAUUGCUUCCGAAAAAGAGAAAUGUAAAAAAUGCUGUCCCUGAAUUCAACACAAAUGAAAAGAGCGUCCAGAAGGAAGAUCUUAUCGCAUCGAAGAUGAGAACGAAACAAGAGACGAAAAGCAUUUCUAACAAGUGCGACGAAAGUAUUGACAAGCAGCACGAUAAAUUGGAAAAACAUAAAACAAAUAGCAUUAACGCAAAAUUGCAAGAAGGCAAAUCGAAACCGAUUGCGCCGAAAACGCACUCUUUUUCUAAAAACACUAUUAAAAAUACUAAGUCUUCCUCAAAUUUAGCACAGAGCUCACAUCGUAAGACUCGAUCGAAAACGAAGACCAAGCCUGAAAAGGUAGCCACGACGAAGUGUGAAAUAUUUAACACCGCUGAAGAGUUAGCGAACAAAUCUUUUAUCGUCGGAGACGGCAAUUUUGAUCUGGCUGACUUAAUUGAAGCGAGUUUGAAGAACAUUCGUAGUCCACGGAGCAUAUUUAAUUAUGACUUUAAUUACAUGCAGCAAUCAGAUGCAACAAAGGACGCUUCGAGAAUGAACAAUAAAAUUCUCAACUUUGACAAAUUGCAACAACUCAAACCUUCCCGAAGCGACUUCAUCGCGAAUGACUUUUCCAACAGGAUGACUCGAGGCGAAACUCUUGAAAAGCUUUCAGAAAAAUCUGAGUCGUUUAGUGAAAGCGAAUCCAGCGAGUCCUUGAUGCACAAUGAAAAACUCUUAUCAAGAAAGGAUAAUAAAACUUUAUCAUUGGCCGAGAAAUAUGUGAAAGCUCGGGAAGAACUCCGAAAAUCCUUAAAUUGGAGUCGAAGCAAUUCAACGUUCUCCGAAACUCGGUAGAAGUUGUAAAAUUUAGGGGAGGAACUAUUAAGAAACUUUUCUAUUAAAAAGAGACGCAUCAAAGAGCUUGAAAGAUAAAGAUAAGAAGAAUGUCCCUGCAAAAAAUUCUAAGAUUGCUUCGAAAAAUUAAUUCUAGAGCCACGUUUUAUGUUCUGUAACGCCCUAAAGAUAUGACAUACCCGAGCCAACUUGUUUCAUAACUUCAACAAAAAUUAAUAUUUUUUAAUUUUACAAAAAAAUCUACAAUA